GGGACGGGGAGGAGUAGGCGGGAGUUCGCCGUGUUCGAGACGGCAAGGGGAGACACGCUCUUCACCCAGUCGUGGACUCCCGCCGCCGCCGACCCCGUCAGGGGUAUUGUUGUUCUGCUACAUGGUCUGAAUGAGCAUAGUGGAAGAUACGACCAUUUUGCAAAGUUGUUGAAUGAUCAAGGUCUUAAAGUUUAUGCGAUGGACUGGAUUGGACAUGGCGGAAGUGAUGGUGUGCAUGGUUAUGUUUCAUCGCUUGAUCAUGCUGUUGGUGACUUGAAAGAAUUUUUAGAGGAUGUCGUCUUAGAAGAAAACUAUGGCUUGCCAUGCUUCUUAUUUGGCCACUCCACAGGUGGAGCUAUUGUUUUGAAGGCAGCACUAGACCCUUGUGUGGAAGUUCAUAUAGAAGGUUUGAUCUUGACCUCGCCAGCUAUUCACGUUCAGCCAUCUCAUCCGAUUAUCAAAGUUGUUGCACCAAUCUUCUCGGUGCUAGCUCCGAAAUACCGGGUUAGUGCUUUGCAUAAGAGAGGACCUCCUGUUUCCCGUGAUCCAGAGGCUCUGAAGAUCAAGUAUGCAGAUCCACUUGUGUAUACUGGACCGAUUAGAGUUAGAACAGGCAACGAAAUCCUCCGGAUAUCAUCAUACUUGCAGAGAAACUUAAGUAGAGUUACAGUCCCUUUUCUAGUUCUUCAUGGGACAGCUGACACGAUAACUGACCCAAGAGCAUCCCAACGACUUUACCAAGCAUCAAUGUCGACUCAUAAAUCGAUAAAGCUAUAUGACGGAUAUUUGCAUGACCUUCUCUUCGAGCCUGAAAGGGAUGAUAUAGCCAAUGACAUCAUCACUUGGUUGAGUUCAAGACUUAAUGCUCUCCACAGAUGGUAAGGUAGUGUUGUUCACAAAUUUGUACCUAAACUAUUAUCAGAAGAUAUCUGUAUGAGGUUUGAGGUACCCCCUCUGUUCCACAGCAGCAUGCAUCGUUCCUUUGAAAUUUUGGUCUAUACGUCGUUUGUCUUUGUACAUGGUGUUUGAUGGGUUCUGAAACAGAUACAGAUUCAGCUCAUUUCCAGUAAAUGAUAAUAUAGAAAUACUGCAAUUGGAACUUGUAACAGUAAAAAAUGUGUAGUUCAGUGUCCAUCUUUUCAUCAGUUGUGCUAUUAUCAGUAGAAAGUUCGACAAUAUAUUGAACUGCUCUUGACCAGUUAUUGAUUGAUAUACACUAAUUUAUAUGAAACAGAUACAGUUCAUGCUGGGUACAGUUCAGCUCAUCUCCAAUAAAUUAUAAUAUAGAAAUACUACAACUGCAACUUGACAGAAAAAAAAGGUGCAACUCAGUGUCCAUCUUGUCAUCAGUUAUGCUAUUGUAAAAAAGUGUAUCAAUUUGCAAAUAUAUAGAACUGCUCUUGACAAGUUAUUGAUGAUAUACACUAAUUUAUAUGGAGUGGAUAUUCACAUAGCGCCGUUGUGUCAAGCAUUAUGCACCAGUUUUUUUUUACCAAUAGAGAUUUGUUUUCCUGUGGUGGUAUUGGUUUGUUUUGCUAUCCUGCUGUGCUGAAGUUUUCGUGAUAUGAUUGUGUAACAAGUGCCAAUUAGGUGCAUGCAGUGAAUUAACAGUUCAGAAAAUGCUGCAAUCCAUCAAGUGUUAUUUGAUAUUUACAGAAGGCAGACGUUCUUAUUUGUCACUGACCGCAGAAACCCCGAUCACUUGUUUGCAUGUACACAAAAAUAUAUACUCCUAGUUCCUAUCCAUUUUAUGGAAGGCAUAUAGUGACAGUUGAACAAUCAGAUAUCUCCUUUGCUGAACUUAUAGUGGGUUUCAAUAUUACUGAAGUUAUAGUGGGUUUCCUACCAUCGUCAUAAGAGAGAAGAUACCAUGUAUCUAACUCAGACCUGAUCAUGUUUUCGGAGUUGGAUAACACAAGUUAUUAUGGGAUUAUGAGAACCAUGAUCACAUCGAUGUGGAAACUAACUGUUAUUGGAGUUAUGCUACUCAAAUUAUGUAUGUAAGCUGACAUGUAGAUAACCUCUGAGUCGCGUGCUCGUGGCUCUUCGAUCUGCAUCGUCAUAGUCUCUGGCACAUGUGAUCCUGUCAGACGGACAUCAUCCAAGUUGACCAUGCAACUCAAGUGAGCUGGUACCAGUCCGUUCUUUGUCAAGAUCUCAUCAAGGUUGCUUGCACAAUUGUUUACUGUGCCAUUUAUCUAAAUAUCUGUAAUGUGUGCUUGUAAUAUUGACUUAUGAUAAAAUCUCCCUCCGUUCCAAAAUACUUGAAGUUCAAAGUUUGUCCUAAGUCAAACUUCUUUAACUUUUGACCAAGUCUACAGAAAACUAUACAGACAUUUACAACACCACAUUAGUUCAUUAGAUUAACCAUAAAAUAUAUUUUCAUACUAUAUAUGUUUGAUAUUGUAGAUAUUAGCAAAAUUUCCUGUACACUUGGUCAAACUUAAAGAAGUUUGACUUAGGACAGACCUAGAACAUCUAGUAUUUUGGAAUGGAGGGAGUAGUUAAUUGGCAACUCUUUUCUUUGCGUGUUUAGUAGUUCCAAGCCCAAUAUUAUUUUUAAACCUCAUAUACUUCGAACUGGAGGUACACCAGAUAUAUUGUAUGCUUUUCUUGUUCUUGUUUAUAGAUAAAAGGUGUAUACCUGUUUAUCAGUAGUAUACAGAAGAUUGUACAUUUUUUUUUGAAGUAAAAUGUUAUCGAGUUAUUGAAAAUGGAUAUGCAUGAUGUUUUUUCAGUCGAACUCUUAAAAUAUGAACUUGUCAUGGUGGUUGAAAUGUUCGUAAUAAUGUUAUAAGUUAAGUAACAGUACCCAAAUAUGUUUCUCAUUCAUACCACUGUUAGUGGUUGAAUGCAAGAUUGAUUUUUUAUAACGGGUCGUUGUGAAUGCUUGACUAAUUUCACAUUAUUCUUGUUAUUUGUAUGCAUACAAUUUCCAAAAAACUAUCGCAUGCACACAGCAUCUCUUGACCCAAGGGUUGGCAACUUAUACAUUGUCUGCAUGUUCAUCUAGCCACUAGCCUUCUACCAGUACUGACGGUAUGCAACUGGAGACUCGCUGGGAACCACCACCGUCCAUUUACUAGGAUCAGGAUGAUGAUACAUGUGGGCAUGUGGUUACAAACCUGCUUUUAGAUUCCCACAGCUGUGUGUGACUACAUUCCAAUGUGUAGUUAGGUACUUAGGUCUCUCAUAGAAAUGCACGAACACAAUUUUUCCUCUUCUGGUUCAGGACCAUCCUACUCCUGCCUUGGUUUCCUCGGUGCAAAAAGAACGAUGAUGGUUUCAUGAGAAUGGUGCCUUGUCCAAUGAAGAAACAUGGGACAAGCUAGUAGCCUCCAAUUUAGUUGUUCGGGAAAAUGGACGGUGGGCAGUAGUCUUACCUAGAGGUGCUUGCUUGUCUCUUUUGAUGUCCCUUUUUUUAUAUUCUUUUAUUGCUCUUUUGUGAUUCUUUUGUCAAAUCACCAACUUGUAGCGUCUCCAUGACCACUAGAACUAAAAUAUACUCCCUCCGUCCCAAAAUUCCUGUCUUCAAUUUAUCAACAUAUCUAAUCGUACGCACUAAUAACAAGAUUAGUUCUAACAGAUACGGAUGUAUCUAAUACUAAAAUGUGAAUAGAUACAUCCGUAUGUAGA